AUGGCGGGAUUGCAGCCCACCAUCCUCCGUCCCGUCACACCGUCCGAACUCUUCCAGUAUCUCAUCGCCAAUACCACAUACCCGACGACGGUGGUCAUAGCAUGGCCCCGAGAUCAGUUUACAAGCGCGCUCGUGGAAGACAUCAGACGGCAAGAGUCUCAUCUAGCUGACGGGAACGACGAGCCCAGCCACCCACUUCUUCGCGCAACGCUCCUCCAAACAGCCAUCUCGCGACACAUCAACAUCGUGUUCGCACCAACAGUGACGCAUCUCCGAGCUCAUCUGUCCACAUUCUCGGCUUUUAAAUCUGGAAUACCCGCACCGCCGAGGUCGGACUCCUUACGAGAGCCGCCUGCGCUAAUUGUAUAUGGUCUACUGGACAUACACCGAGAUGGAAUGGAGUGGUCGGCUCAGGGAAUAAGUUUAUCAACAGCGGCAUUCGUCGAGAGCGCAUUCAGGAACAAAUUCCGCGCAGUAGUGGUUGAAGCGAGACGAAGCAGUGAUCAAGAAGAGCUGGAGCAAUCUCUGAAGGAAAACGUGCCCGUUCUAACAGGAACGCCGUUGAAAGAAGAUGGAUCAUGGAGUGGGCCGAUUGUCCCAUUGAGUAGAGUACUAGGCAGUUGGUUCAAGAUAGAUGCCAGAACAGAUGAAUAA